CAAGGGAGGCAGUUCUUUCAGGCCUGUCUCUUUUCCACUCCCCUCCUCCCCAGUCCUGGCUGGAUCAGUGAGUCUGUCAAUCCCAGGCAAGAGACAAGGCAGACAAAGGUUUAUUUGUAAAGAACCUCCUUCUAGCACCUCCUUUUUUCUCCUUUUGCCCAAACUCACCCAGUGAAUUGGAGCAUUUAAGAAGAUUCCUCUGCCAAGAAGACCAAAAAGAACAGAGAAGAAAGGGAGCUGAAAACUGAUGACCAUACAAAAACUGGUCCAUGGAUCUUUACAGCAGCUUUAUUCAUAAUUGCCAAAAGUUGGAAGCAGCCAAGAUUUCCUUGAGGCAAAAAGCCAAAAUGAAAUUUAUAGUACUUGCUGUCACUGUUGGGCUAGCUUUGCUGCUAGGAGUCCAUGCCAUGCCUGCCAAUCGCCUCUCUUGCUACAGAAAGACACUAAAAGAUCGCAACUGUCACAACCUUCCAGAGGGAGUAACUGACCUGACAAAGAUCGAUGUAAACGUCCAGGAUCACUUCUGGGAUGGAAAGGGAUGUGAAAUGAUCUGUUACUGCAACUUCAGCGAAUUGCUCUGCUGCCCAAAAGAUAUCUUCUUUGGACCAAAGAUCUCUUUUGUGAUUCCUUGCAACAAUCGUUGAGAAUCUUCAUGUAUUCCAGAGAACGUCAUCUCUCAUUUCCCACAAAUUACAAUAUGUCGACAUAACUACAUUUCAAGUUUCUGUCCAGUGCAAUAAAGCAGAUUCCAUAAAUUCCUACUUGUCUAAGACAGUAAACUUGUGUUAAGUAUAAGUAGUAAUAAAAAUUAAUUCAAUUUAAAUUCUCUGUGGACAUUGCUGGCACUGGUUAAAAAUUUUGGGUAAAAAAUUUUCAUCUAUGAGGUGUUCAGUAGGUUCAGGAUUUUUAAAUAGUUGAUUAGCCAUAAUUCUUGCUCAAGGGUUGAGAACUUUUACUUCUUAGUUGACAGUUAUUGCCCAUGUACACUUAAUGGGAAGAAUCAGAUAUAAAUUGAGGUUCUUAUAAGGGAAUCUAGAGGAUUUCUAAUAAGAGGGUAAAAGGGCUGGGGCACUUGGCUGGCUCAGUUGGUAGAGCAUGAAACUCAAUCUCAGGUCCUGAGUUCCAGCCCCAUGUUGGGCAUAGAGUUUACUUAAAAAAAAAAAAAAAAAAAAAAAGAUAAAGGGAGCCCAUAUUUAAGUACUUAUUAUGCAUGCCAAGUAUUUUAAGUGCAUUUUUACUUUGCUCUCUCAAAAAACAAUAAAAACCUUCAUGGUAAGUAUUCUUAAACCCAUUUUUUAGAUACUAACUUAAGCUUAAGAUAUUUGCUAAAAAUCAAAUGUAGCCCAUACAGUACAUUCAUGCACAGCUGUAUCCUUAAAAUUGUUUAUCUGUGAUGUAUCAGUUCUUCUUUAGAAUAACAUAUAUUAAAAGAAAUAUGUAAUGGAUCAGGAUUAAAGUCACAUGAAUGUUAAA